AUGGAUUCCCCUAACCAGACAAGCACAGCUGCAGCUACCUCAGUUGCAUGUCUCAACUGUCGCGAGAAACAUCUCAAAUGUGACGGUAAUCCAGAGGGAUGUGACCGGUGUCGUGCUCUAUCACUCUUUUGUCACUUCGUUCCAUCACGUCGAGGGCGGAGAGGACAACCGAGUGAAUUUUCAUGUCUCGAUAUGUGUUAUGUCCCGAGCAUUGAAGAAACUUCCUUUAUCCAUGAUGCCUCAUUACCCCUUAUGGCUUCGAGCGACCUUUCUCCAACCUACGUGCCAGAGCCCCCACGGAGUUUACCACAAAUGAGCAUCCAUUUGAUUAAAAUAUUCUAUGAGUGCUUUCACGUUGCGCAUCCAAUAUUAGCGCCCUUCGAUCUCUGGGUUAUGUCUUCACCACCUCAGUACCUCGUGAACAUCGUCGAGUUCAUUGGGUUGCAUCAUCUCUCGCCUGGCCGAACUCCUGAAUGCUCAAACGAUCUUUUGACGGCCACUGACAACGCUGAGCUGGACUUGGAAAAAGCGCAAGCAUAUCUUCUUUUGAGCAUCCUAUUUCAUGGCCGUAAAGCCCCUGAAUGCGCAAAGAAAUGCGUUGGCUUGGCUAUUGAAUGUAGCUUCAGGCUCGGACUCCAUUGCCGAGAACUCUCUGAUACCGUGGAGAUGCAGAACACUGCUCGCGCUGAAAGUACGCGGCGGACAUUGUGGGAGAUUUUCACGGUGGAUACUCUACUCGCUGCCGUGCAAGUCGGAGGCACUUUGCAAUUCAACAUGGACACGCCUGACGUGCCCCUGCCAUCUGAAGACGAGAAGUUUGUGGGCGGUCAUUCUGGGGUCUUCUCCAUAUCUGCGAAGGAUCUGGGCCACCGGGCAUUCUCUGAUGAUGAUCGCAUCUCAGCACUUGCUUAUCGUGUCGAGGCGACACUCAUUCUGCGACGAUGCCUCAUCGCCUGCGAGACACAUGCUAGUGAAGACGCAGUGGAAGUACUAGACUCAAUGUCCUCGGCUUGGUUUCACCGAUGGCCCAGCGACCACAGCACUAUUCUCCAGAUGGAUGGAAAAGUGAAUCAAAUUGACUUCCAGUCGGCUAUGAUCAUGCAUUGCGCCUCUAUUUACUUACAUUUUCCGAGAUCAUUCUUGGUCUCCUUCCUCCCAAAUACCGGCGAGGUGUUUUGUUCUAGGCCUCCACCUAUAGCAUCCCCCUCGCCCAAUGCGCAAAUGCACACAGCGAAAAUUGUCAACGCAGCUGUUGAACUGUCCAAACUCGCUUCCCUUUCUACUUCUGUGACCGGUCAUUCUCCUUUCUUUGCUUGUACUCUCGUCCUCAGCUCUAUAAUCCAGGUCACUGUGCUGGCUGCCCCUAUCGGGCAGCCAUUUGGGAAGCAUUACUCAUAUUUGGCCUUGAACAUAGGUGUUCUCAAAUCCAUGGGCGGCGUGUGGAACAUCGCAGCCUCUUCUGUGGGGAAACUCCGAUCCAUCACACGCGAGGUUGAGGCAGCCUCUGCCGAUGCAGGUCACGAACUCGUUGGAUCCAUGUUUAUUCCUCCUAUCCUUAAAAAGUGA